CCCAACAGGAGUCCCGGAAUUCGGGCACUGCUGCAAUGGACAUCCCGCCUCUGGCGGGCAAGAUCGCGGCUCUGUCGCUUGGCGCCCUCCCUGUGUCCUACGCGCUCAACCACGUCUCGGUGCUCUCUCACCCCCUUGGGGUGAUCUUGAUGAGCGCCCUGAUCCUGGGUCUGCUCUUUGUGGCUGUCUAUAGCUUGUCCCGUGGGGAGAUCUACUACGACCCACUCUAUGCUGUGUUUGCAGCCUUUGCCUUCACCUCGGUAGUGGACCUCCUUAUCGCUCUCCAGGAGGAUGGCUACAUGGUGGGCUUCAUGGAGUUCUACACCAAGGAGGGAGAGCCAUACCUGCGUACUGCGCAUGGAAUCUUCAUCUGCUACUGGGACGGCAUCGUUCACUACCUCCUUUACCUGGCCAUGGCCGGCGCCAUCCGCAGAAGGAAAAGUUAUCGGAACCUUGGACUGUACUGGCUGGGGUCCUUCGUCAUGAGCCUCCUGGUGUUUCUCCCAGGAAACAUUCUUGGGAAAUACAGCUUCGAGAUCAGGCCUACCUUCUUCCUCACCCUCCCAUAUGUGCUGGUCCCAUGCUGGGCUGGUGUAAGGGUCUUCAAGGAGUCCCAGUCACCAACCAGCUACACCCCCAAUGUGGUGCAAGAGGAGCAAAGAAAGAGCCUUUUGCAGCGCCCCGCUGACCUGGCCCUCGUCAUAUACCUCAUCCUUGCUGGGUUCUUCACCCUUUUCCGGGGCCUUGUGGUGCUUGACUGCCCCACAGAUGCCUGCUUUGUCUAUAUCUAUCAGUAUGAACCAUACCUGAGGGACCCUGUGGCCUACCCAAAGGUGCAGAUGCUGGUGUACAUGUUCUAUGCAUUGCCCUUCUAUGGCCUGGCUGCUUAUGCCCUUAUCUUUCCUGGCUGUUCCUGGCUGCCUGACUGGGCCAUGGUGUUUGCUGGAGCCAUUGGCCAGGCGCAGUUCUCGCACAUGGGUGCCUCCACGCAUCUGCGCACACCCUUCACCUAUCGGGUGCCAGAGGACGCCUGGCCCUGCUUCUUCUUGUGCAACCUGCUGUAUGCGCUGGGCCCCCAGCUGCUGGCCUACCGUUGCCUGCGGUGGCCAGCCUUCUUCCUGCACCUGCCCUCCAGCUCCCAGGCUCCCCACAAGAAGCAGCACUGAGGGGGCUGUGGGAUUCCCCCGGACUCUGUUACACACCUAGCUAGCCCUGUCCUCAGAAGCAUAGGCUGGGGUUUUUCGAGACAGCAGAUACAUCCCUGUUGUCUUUGUUUCUGCUGUGGUGGUUUCAAGGCCAGCUGGUGGGAUGGAAGACAGAAGGCCAGGUGUUGGGGCAGAGGGGACCACGGCCAUGCUAAGCCAGCACUACUCCCAAACCUCUAUGGAUUCUUCUGCUCCUUUGCAGAAUUUACCCAUUACCUCCAUGGAUCCUUCAUUAAAAGCUCUUUUGAUGCUUGAAA